AGAGCGCCCAGGCCUGCGCGGGGCGGGGCCGCUUUCCAGUGAGGCGCUGCCCGCUCCACCGAGAUAUGUGCAUGCUGCUGUCCUGUGUGCACCUGAUUCACCAACCUCUCCGGCGCAUCCAGUCUUGGUUUGUCUUACCUUCACGCUCCUUCAUGGAUCUAAAAGCUCUAGUUUCCUCUUUGAAUGACUUUGCUUCUCUCUCUCUGGCUGAGAGUUGGGACAAUGUAGGACUACUGGUAGAACCGAGCCUAACUAAUGACCUUACAGAAGAAGUAAUGCAGGAGGCAUUGCAGAAGAAGGCAGAUCUUAUACUUUCUUAUCACCCACCCAUAUUCCGAGCACUCAAGCGCAUAACAUGGAACACCUGGAAAGAACGUCUGGUGAUCCGGGCUUUGGAACACAGAGUUGGCAUUUACUCUCCACACACAGCCUAUGAUGCUAUACCUCAUGGAGUCAAUAACUGGCUAGCCAAAGGACUUGGUGCCUGUACCACCAUCCCAUUACGCCCAUCAAUGGCUCCUAGCUACCCAACUGAGGGCACUCAUCAUGUGGAAUUCAGUAUGGGCCAUACUGAGCACCUGGAAACAGUUAUAUCAAGCAUACAGAAGAUCCCAGAGAUUUCAUCUCUCAUUACUGUCCCUGCCAGGGCUGAAGGUGAGGAGCAGACACGAGUUAGUUUGAACUGCACUCAGAAGGCACUACUGGAGGUGGUAGCAUUAUUGUCACAGAACAGCCUUCUUUAUCACAAGACUGAAAUAAUGCUAUUACAGAAGCCUCUACUUCCAUAUACUGGAAUGGGACGUCUAUGCACGCUGAGCGAGCCAGUCUCGCUGUCAGACUUGGUUGAAAGAAUCAAAAGCCACCUCAAGUUGCCUCACAUACGUUUGGCACUUGGAAUGGGGAAGACGUUAGAGUCCCAAGUGAAAGUGGCGGCACUGUGUGCUGGUUCUGGGAGCAGUAUCUUGCAGGGUGUAGAAGCCGACCUCUAUCUCACUGGAGAGAUGUCCCACCAUGAAGUACUGGAUGCUGUUGCCAAUGGGAUAAGCGUGAUUCUGUGUGAGCACAGUAACACUGAGCGAGGCUUUCUGUCAGAGCUGCAAGACAUGCUGACUACGUAUUUAGAAAAUAAGAUCAACAUCAUUGUAUCAGAGAGAGAUAGAGACCCUCUUCAUGUGGUAUAGAAGAAAGCAAGGGUGACAGUAUGGAGUCCAGAGUUUCAUAGUGUCCCACACAAACUUCAGGCAAGUACAAACUUGAUGAGAUAAUGGUCUGAACUGGUGCAGUCCAGAAUUACUGUACAAUAUAUUCCCCAAAGUGUGGGAGAUGUCAUAUAUGGCAGGUCAAAAUAAAUGUUAAUUUUGGAAUGACA